UCCUCCGGUGAGACUUGAGAACAUUCUGCCCUCUUCCCCCGCUCGACCAGAGAGCUCUGCGGCUACAGAGGAGAGGAGAAGAAGAGUUCGACUGAAUUGGGAUCCAGAGAAGGAGAAGAAGAGAACGAUGGUCGGGUCGCAGGUGGUGAACACAUACCCUCUUUCGAGCUACACUUUCGGCACCAAGGAGCCCAAAUUGGAGAAGGAUACCUCCGUCGCCGAUCGCCUUGCUCGGAUGAAAGUGAACUACAUGAAGGAAGGAAUGAGGACUAGUGUCGAGGGGAUUUUAUUGGUGCAAGAGCAUAAUCACCCCCAUAUUCUUCUUUUGCAAAUUGGAAACACAUUUUGUAAACUUCCAGGCGGCAGGUUGAAACCAGGAGAGAAUGAAAUUGAGGGAUUGAGAAGGAAGCUGUCUAGCAAACUUGCGGCUAAUUCGCCAUCUCUACAGCCAAAUUGGCAGAUCGGUGAGUGUGUGGCUAUGUGGUGGAGACCGAACUUUGAAACAAUCAUGUACCCUUACUGUCCGCCACACAUUAAAAAGCCUAAGGAAUGCAAGAAACUUUUCCUUGUUCAUCUGUCCGAGAGGGAGUACUUUGCUGUGCCAAAAAACUUGAAGCUUCUCGCCGUUCCAUUGUUUGAACUUUAUGACAAUGUUCAGAGAUACGGGCCCGUUAUCUCUACCAUCCCCCAGCAGCUAUCCCGGUUCCAGUUCAACAUGAUCCAUCCAUAAGGAUAAUCGAACACGAUGAUAAUUGAGUAUGAUGAUGCUGAAUCCAUGCUUGCUAUCUUCUUCGUAUCAUUGAUAUGCAACAUAUUUUCUAUAAUGAACCUCGGUAAACUCGUGAACGCCCUCUCGGUACGCUUUCUAUAUUGAUUGCUUAGCAUGUUAUUACUAUUGUCGAGAAUUGCUAUUUAUGGCCUUUUUUUUCUUUUAUCGAUAUCUUGAAGUACCUUUGUGUUUU